ACUGCCCUGCUGUGUUAUAUAAUGUUGAAUCCAAGUUGUAAUCCAAAGUUCAGAUGGAAAUCUCAUUAUAUCACUACACAUUAGGACAGAGCUGAUUUAUUGUCACUGAGUUGAAAGACACACUGAGCUGCUGAGUGAUAAGUAUGUACCUCCACGCUGCUGACACUGUUUGACUUUGGAGUUGCAGUGCAGUCAAUGGAUUCAUUCAUGGUACCUUCUCUCUCGUUACAGCCGCAGAGUGUGUGUGUGUGUGUGUGUGAGUGUGAGUGUGAGACAGAGAGAGAAAGUCGGGCAGAAAGGGGAAAGAGGCAGAAAAGGCGGGUGAGUAGGGGGACGGCGACUCGUAUUUAACCUGUAACUUGAGAAGCUGAUAACAAGGAGAGAAUGGAGAAUAAGCUUGUGAGGAAGGAGUGUGUGAAAAAGAGAGACAGACGGUGAGACAGAGAAAGACAAGAGCCCUGCUUUUGUUUCCUCGAGCUCAUGUCCUUCCCCCGAUCUCCCUGGGAAAUUCAGUUCGAUAUUUUUUCCCCUUUCUUGUUACUCGUGUGUCUCCCCGUUUGGGAGGAGGGUGAAAAUGGACUGAACAGGAGGGAGGAGAAAGCGAGGGAAACGACUAUAGCUCGUAUCCAGACUUUGCCUGCUUAUUCAGCUCUGAGUGCUGCACUGCGCCGUUUCCAGCGGUGGGAUGUUAAGAUUUGCCUUUGGCUGCACUUCUCCCCACUCUCGCUCUCACAUAAAGACUCUUUAGACAUUUUUAUGCUCAUUUUCUUGGAGGAGGAGUGAGAGAGCGAGAGACAAGCCAGACCUAUUAGCCUGGAGCCUGAAAAACACACACGCCAACUCUCUCUCACACACACACACACACACACUUGUACACUCCUCCAGUUCCGCGCUGCACCAAGGUAACAGUGAGUGGAUUUAGCUGUAGCCAUCUGGACGGAGUGCAGAGAAAACCCUCUCUGCUGCACAGAGGGGAAAAAGGAAAGGACGAUGCAGCACUAAAACACAGCCGGAGAGAGAGAGAGAGAGAGAGAACCAAAGACUGAAACAGAGAAGGACACUCACACACACCCACACCUACACACAAACAUACUGAGGCAGGAUGGCCACCGCAGUGUUUCAGGUGUCUUCAUCUUGUGUUCCUGCAACAAACUAUGAGCUGGCACCGAGCAGCGACCUCCCUCUCAAACAUGUAGACACCAUGGGCUCAACAAAAUCCUCCAAGAGUGUGGAGUCACGGCGCAGACCAUCAAGGAGUGCGAGUCUGCUGCAGGCCCUGGAGGAGAACUACGAGCUGGACCUGAUCUACAUCACAGAGAGGAUCAUCUCCGUCUCCUUCCCCAGCAGCGUGGAGGAGCAGAGCUACGCCGCCAACCUGCGGGAGGUGGCCUCCAUGCUGCGCUCCAAACACGGCCACAACUACCUGCUCUUCAACCUCAGUGAGAAGCGCUAUGACAUCAGCCAACUUAAUCCAAAGGUGCUGGACUUUGGUUGGCCUGACCACCAUGCUCCAGCCCUGGACAAAAUCUGCAGUAUCUGCAAGGCCAUGGACACCUGGCUGAGUGCGGACAGCCACAACGUGGUGGUCAUUCACAACAAGGGCAACCGGGGCAGAACCGGAGUGGUGGUGGCAGCCUACAUGCAUUACAGCAACAUAUCCGCCAGUGCGGAUCAGGCACUGGACAGGUUUGCCAUGAAGCGCUUCUAUGAAGACAAAGUGCUUCCUGUGGGCCAGCCAUCUCAGAAAAGGUAUGUGGAGUACUUCAGCGGCUUGCUGUCCGGACACAUCAAGAUCAACAACAAACCGCUGUUCCUCCACCACGUCAUCAUGCACGGCAUCCCCAACUUCGAGUCCAAAGGAGGUUGUCGUCCUUUUCUCAAAAUCUACCAGGCCAUGCAGCCUGUGUACACAUCUGGGAUCUAUAAUGUUCAGGGUGACAGCCAGACCAGCAUCUGCAUCACCAUUGAACCUGGUCUUCUUCUCAAAGGAGACAUCCUGCUCAAGUGCUACCACAAGCGCUACCGCAGCCCGUGUCGAGAUGUGAUAUUCCGGGUGCAGUUUCACACCUGCGCUGUUCACGACCUGGGGAUCGUCUUUGGGAAAGACGAGCUUGAUGAGACAUUCAAGGAUGAAAGGUUCCCAGAAUAUGGAAAAGUGGAGUUUAUUUUCUCCUUUGGACCCGAGAAAAUUCAUGGUCCAGGUGUGGACCACCUAGAAAACGGGCCGAGCGUCUCGGUCGACUAUAACACACAAGAUUCUCUGAUUCGCUGGGACUCCUACGAAAACUUCAAUCAGAAUUAUGAGGACACCGCAGACGAAGUCAUCCAUACCCAAGGACCCCUGGACGGCAGCCUGUAUGCCAAAGUUCGCAAAAAGGAGUCUGUUGAUGGAACCGUCACAGCCAACGGUCUCCCGCCCAGUGCUGUUGAACACGCCCUACCUGCAGUUGACCAUGCCUUGUCUGUGAGCAGCGACUCAGGAAACUCUACUGCCUCCAUCAAAACUGACCGAACUGAUGAUGCAACAGCAGCCCCUCAGAAUUCCACAGUGAGCCAGACGCAUGUUCCUAUAGGUGAGGAGCCACCCUCAGUCCACCAGCAGACCCCGCCUACACAACAGUCAAUAAGUCCCCAAGAGAAGCAGGAGCUUGAGCAGCUGUUGAGCGGCUUGGAGGGGCCCAUGCAUCGACAGGACUACCUGUCCACCCCGACCUCUGCUGCUGGAGGUAUGCGUCACUUGGUGCCUGCCCAGGUCCAUGUCAAUGGGCACAGUAGCAUUGACCGUGAGACUGACAUUUUAGAUGAUGAACUGCCUACCAGUCAAGAGGGCAACAGUGUGGACAGUUUAGGGACAUUCUCCUCCACAGACGGGCGGGCUACACCAGCUGAUCUCUACUACCAGUCUGAGUCACUCAUCAAUGGCCAGGAUCAUGUGCCGUAUCUGGAGCGUAGCCUCCCAGAAAAACCUCUGGAAACCGUCCAGCGACAGGUCGGAGUGUCCAACAAACCUGUCACCUUGACCCAAAGUGAGUCAGCCCAAUCCUCGGGUAAUGACAUGGCUAUCCAGAAUGGCAGUUUGAGCCGCUCUCAGUCAUUUGGUGCAGAGCCAAACACUAUGCCACAGGCUCCUGCCCGCACCACCAGUAGUAGGGAUGCCGUCCAGCGUGGCCUCAAUGUAUGGCACCAGUUCGGUGUACCUGAGGAGCCAGUAACUGAAGGCCUCACUUUUAGUCCACCUCCAUCUGUAGCAGCAAUUCCCAGCCACCACAGCCUCCCGCAGUUCCCUCAUCGACACAGCGCCUCCCAGCAAGAAAUUGAGCAAUCUAUUGAAACCCUUAAUCUUCUAAUGUUGGACCUGGAACCAGGCCGUUCGCUGGUGCCAAAGUCCCAAAGUGCUCCACUGCGCGAAAACAGUGCCGUAGUGACUACCCAGCCGUCCUUCUCCCAGAGCCAAACGAGGCCCUCCUACCAGGCAGAUGCUGCCAUUCAUACCCACUUUUCUGGCCCUAUCUCCAGCCUGGCCAGCCACUCCUCACCGGCUCAGAUGUCACCAGGGAAACCUAGUACACCAGAACCUGCAACUGUGCAGGGAUCUCUGAGUCCUUCCUCACAAAGCUUCCCCACUGUAGCUGGUCAAAUUCAGCUCAAGCCUGUUGAUGCCUACCCUCCAAGCACACUGCCCCAGCCUGCAGAGGUCUCUGAGCCCCACAGAAGCCCUAGUGGUGCCUCAGUGUCACCACAGCCAAGAGAUAGUGAGCCGGAUGAAGUCUUCAAUGUUGAAGGCCUGGUCGCCCAAAGAGUAGCUGAAUACUCGGCUCGUGUCCAAAGUGUCAUCCCCAGCAUGACCUCCUCUCAGUCUGAGCACCGCCGUUCUCACUCCCUCUCGGGUGUACAGGCCCGUACUGUGUCCUUGGAAGAGCCUGCAACUCUGCCCCGCCGUCGCAUCACCAGUGAGGGCACUUACCAGAGUGGUCAAGAUGACGGUUCCUCUGCAGAUGUCCCAGUUCGCUCUCCAGUCCGAUGUGUUUCUCCAGAGUUUGUCAAUGCCAUAGCGAUGAACCCCGGUGGACGACCUAAAGAGAGACACAUGCACAGCUACCGUGAGGCCUUCGAGGAGAUGGACAGUGGCCCCAUCAGUCCUACACCCUUAGUUGGUGGUGAGGUGUUUCCCCAAACCCCUGCCUUCCCCAUCUCACCGCAAACCCCUUACUUCAACCUGUGUCGGUCCCCUCCUGGUCUUGCCAAGACUCCACUGUCAGCCCUGGGUUUGAAGCCCCACAACCCAGCGGAAAUCCUCCUCAAUCAAACAGGCUCAGCACCAAGAAGCUAUGUAGAGUCUGUGGCAAGGUCGGCAGUGACAGGUGGAGAGCAGCCUUCGUCACCUCGGAGCCUGAGCCCACCAGGAGAGACUACAGUCCAGCAGAGAAGUCCAAGUCCCUCUUCCCACACACUGAACCCACCUUUGUCCAGCAGCAGCCCCAUCCAGAGCUCACAGGGUGAUCAGCCCUUAAUAGAGAGCAGUGUCAGCACCCCGUCCCAACCCACUACUGAUUCGGGCUUCCGCUCCCAGGCUACAGAAAGUGCCCACCCCACUCCCACCCCGUCAUAUCAAGCCCCGAAUUCCCCCACUUCCUCCUACCUAGAUUCCAGCUCCCCUAACUCUUCCUACAUGGGCACAGCUACCCCUACACUGUCCCACCUUGGCCCCAACACCCUACUGGGGAGCUAUGUGACCUCAGACCCCAGCCCACCCACAUCAGAACCCUCUCAGACAACAAUCAGUCACGGAAGUCCUCAUGCACAGCACAGGACCAACCUCCUUGGCUACCCCACCCACAACCCCAUUAUCCAGCAGUGUUCAAGCGCUAAUCAAGACAGGCCCAUCAUGGCCCACCAAAUAUCAGCGACUAAUGGCUUCGAGGUGGGUAUGGUAGGUCUAAGUGGCAGUCCCAUCCUUGGUCGUCGUCUGUCUCAGGGAGCUCAGAGCAGCCCGGUCCUCAGCAGACAGGCCUCCUUGGGACAGGGAUCUCAGCGGAGCCCAGUCCUGAGCAGACAGCCAUCCCUGGGCCAGCCCAUGCAGAGCAGCCCUGUGCUCAGCCGACAGCCAUCUGUCACACAUCCCCAAGGAAGUCCAGUUUUGGGCCGCCACCCAUCUGUAUCGCAGGUGUCCCAAAGAAGUCCCAGUUUGGACCGGCACCCCAUGCACAGCGGUUACACCACCCCAGAUGAGAGACACGGGAACCUAUCACGACAGAGCAGCUCUUCUGGCUACCAGGGACCACCUACACCAUCCUUCCCCAUCUCGCCUGCAGGCUACCAGGAUGGGGGGAUGUUGGGGAUGGGUGUCGGUUUCCGGCAGGGUAGCCCGGCCCCUGGUUUCCAGCCCCAGCUUCCAGAGAAGAGACGCAUGUCAAGCGGUGAUAGACCAAAUGGAGCACUGUCCUAUGGCACAAUGAACGGGAGGAUAAUGUCCCCAGUCAGUGGAGGAAGCACUCCAAGCUACUUCCACACCCUCUCUGACUUUUCAAGGUUCAAUUUGCCCGAUGGAAGCCCUGAGAGCAGGCUGAAUGUCAAGUUUGUCCAAGACACGUCCAAGUUCUGGUACAAGCCGGACAUUUCCAGGGAGCAAGCUAUCGGCCUGCUGAGAGAGAGGGAGCCUGGAGCCUUUGUUAUUCGUGACAGUCACUCGUUCAGGGGGGCUUACGGCUUGGCUAUGAAGGUGGCCUCUCCUCCACCCUCAGUGCAUCAGAACAAGAAAGGUGACAUCAGCAAUGAGCUGGUGAGGCACUUCCUGAUUGAGAGCAGCCCUAAAGGAGUGAAACUGAAGGGUUGUCCCAACGAGCCUUACUUUGGUUGUCUGUCGGCCUUGGUCUACCAACAUGCUAUCACACCACUGGCCCUACCCUGCAAGCUACUUAUUCCCACAACAGAUCUCAUCGAGGAAGUGCCAGACGCUGCGACAACAAAUCCGCUGACUGACAGGCUGAAACAAGGAGCAGUGCAGAGGCCCCCUGCUGAUUCCCAUGCAUGCAACGUGCUCUACAUCAACUCAGUGGAGAUGGAGUCCCUGACGGGCCCUCAGGCUAUUGCCAAGGCCAUAUCUGAGACACUGGCUGCCACUUCUCCACCUAGUGCCACCGUUGUGCACUUCAAGGUGUCUUCACAAGGCAUCACGCUGACCGACAACCAGAGGAAACUUUUCUUCCGGCGCCACUAUCCAAGCAACACUGUCACGUUCUGCGACACUGACCCUCAGGACAGAAAGUGGAACAAGCCUGAGGGAGGCACAGCCAAGCUGUUCGGCUUUGUGGCACGCAAGCAGGGAAGCACAACCGACAACGUCAGCCACCUCUUCGCUGAGAUGGACCCUGACCAGCCUGCCAACGCCAUCGUCAACUUCGUCUUGAAGAUGAUAAGCUCACAGAAACGAUGAGAGCUCACAGCAAACCCUGGCGCUUUUUGUAAUGCCUUUGGUUAUUUUCUUUCCUUUUAACCACAGACACUUAACUUUCUGUUUUGGACGAUUUAGCCUUUGGUUUUUACGUGUCACCUUAUUUUCCCUGCUCUUUUACUCGUGUGUGUGUGUGUGGGUGUGUUUACGGAUGUAAGCCAAUGAAACAGACCGAGUGGCUGUGGUGUAUUUGUGUGUGCUGCUUACAUGCAUGUGCUUUUCUUCUUGGACGGACUCCAGAACGGAUCAGAGGAAGUGCAGGAUGGGGCGUGGCUGUGUUUUGGCGAUGGGACGGGAGGCGAUUCUGUUCUCCCUGGCAGGGUAACACAUGAACAGGAAGAGAGAAUGACGUUGUGUGUGCAAAAUGUUAUAUUUUUAGCGAUUGUUUCUUUUUUUUUUUUUAAAGAAGAAGUCAAGUUGUGUGAUGUAAAAGUGGAUUGUAAAUCUAUCAGGCUUUUGACAACCAAAGAUUUUAAAAAAGUAGUCAGGGCGUGUAUAGUGUGCCACUGUCGGAAGUAUUCUUUUGUAAAACAAAUAUGGCUGCUUAAUCAAAAAAUACUGAACUGUUUCUCUCUGUAUGUACUGAUACUGUAGGUCAAUUCUGCACCUUGCCAUCUUGCAAACAGUGUUUUUAGACAUUUUUGCAGCUGGUGAGGUCUGUGUAAAUAUUCUAGAUUGCUUUCUGAGUAGGACUGUUCUAGGUGACAUUUGGUGCCUGACUUUCUUUUGUAUUGCAGAGCUUUUUAAGAAAAAGAACUAAUCUUCCAGUCUGUCUUAAAUAUGCAAACUUGGAAAUAAGGUUAUUCUUCAAAAUUCCACAGGUCUUUCCAUAUCCACCGCAGUAGUGUCGCUAAAGAUGCAACAGAUGUUAAUCCUCUGAAGUGCAGCUGGAGUCUGAGGCUAUUUUCUUUGGUGCAUGUCCAUGUGGAGACAGGAAAGCAUCAGUUAGACAGCCACUGAAUCUUUGCAUCCACACUAAGGAUUAGUUUCCAUUCUGUCAACUUUCUUUGUUCAGUCUGUACAGCACAUAGCCGCACUCAUUAGCGAAGGGCCUGAAGCCGUCUUGUGAGGACAAUCUCUGUAGAGAAGCGUUGUCCUGCCUCACUGCUCUGUGCUGAAAGUUUCCGUCAAUGGGAAGAAGCUCUUUGCGUCAGCUGGCCAAAACUGUUAACACUCACACCCUACCCAAAAGUAAGCUAUACAUAUAAAUAUACAUAUAUAGAUAUAUAUUAAAAAUCCAAACAGUGACUUAAGAUAUUUAUUUUUUUGCUUUGUUGCUCUAUGUUAUCUUGUAUACAUGUAUUAUAAAGUAUACAUCAAGAUUACUGAAAGCGAGAAGAAAAGAUUGCUUUUUAUUUUGGCUAUCGUCGAGUGCAUUGACAUAUAAGGUGUAAAGUGUGUGCAUUUAUAAGUGUAUCACUGUUGUUUUUGAAUGGUUUUUUUUUCCACAUCAUUACUUCUUUUGUUUUUAACGUUCAUGUUGUCUUCUGGAGGCUUUUUUUAAGAGAUGGAGAAUAUUUUCUAUGAAAGAUUGUUGUUACUAAAGUCCCAAUUUGAGCUAUUCUAAAGUGAUGCCAACAAAAUUGUUUUAUUAACUUAAAAACCUGCCGAGAAAAUACAUUGUCCAAGUUGAGCACUUAAACGUUUAAGUAUUAUCAGUGUGUUUCUACAUGUCAAAAGAGAACAUUGACCCGUUACUGGUUCCUCAGUCGCGUUCCACACAGCACCUCAGCCGGGAGCCGAGUCUGAGGUCAGUAUGUGCUGCCCCCAUGUGGUGUCAAAAGAUCAUUACAAAGGAGCCACUUUAAUUCUAAUACAGUGUUUUAGCUGUGAUUAUGGCAUGUCAAAUGGUAAACUUUGAGUUAAGUCAUUUAAUCCCUGAGAAAAUGAACUUAGUAAACUUUAAUUUUAAUGUUGAUUCAUAUGCUAGUUUUCUUAGCAAAUGAGUUUUUUUUCAUAUUCGAGAAUUGAGCAUCACGACUCCCUCAUUUAUGCCUGAUGCUUAAGGAUCAGCUGGCAGCAUGAUAUAAAGUAAAUUAGGGUUGGUUUGGGAUCCUACGUUGACUCCAGUAUCCUUCUUCAAAAACAGACAAUACAGCACUUACAGGGCCUGUAUAUCUAACUAGAAUGUUCCAUUAUUUAUUAGCAAAAGCCUGCAUGCUCAAGUCGAGUUGUUACCUUAAAGCUGCUGACUGUAACCUGUACACAGCAUCCUCAAGUCUUACUCAACCCAGCCCUUUCCAGAAAGGCGCCCAUAGAUAGUUAAACAGGUUUUGAUUUUUUGAUGAUUGUAUCUUGACUUGGCUUUUUGCCUACAAAAUGCUUGUUGAGAUAAGGAGGACGUCCUCAACUCCAAACUGUUGAAUGUUAGCCAUUUGCCUGCCAAGAUGGAAACUCCAGUGGCGUCUGCCCUCUUUGACAGAUCAGUCUGGACUGCAGAAUGUGUGUGAAUGAGCUACUAUGCCUGUAUACAGCUUUUGUCAUUUUUGGUUUGCUACAAUGUAUGGCUUUUACUAUUUCUGAUGGAAAGACACAUUAAAAAGCAGUACAAAUCAAAA